CCUGUACUCACCUUUGAUCGCCAACCUCAGAUGAUAAACACUGAAUAAAGUGACUGCUGCAAGCGGCUAACGACAGCCGAGUGUAACAUCAACAUGGCUGAAGACGACGACGCAGAGAAUACCCCUCAACUUUCCGACACAGACACGAGUGAAGAUGAAACCGAACAGGAGCAAAUCGAGACUCUUGUCGCUGGCAGAGAGCGACGAAAGACUGCUGGUAAUCGCUAUGACAGAGACAUGAUACUAGAAGAGGCAGGCGAUGAAGACGAGCCAGAUGAAGUCACCCUGCUCUUUGCGGACAACGAGGAGGAAGAAGACGAAGAGUUUAAGAGUGGCGAGGAUGAUGCAGACGCGGACAUGUCGUCAAGUGACGAUGAAGAUCAAGGACCGAACGCUGCGGCUGAGGAUCUGGAGGGAGAACAAGAAUUACAAAAACAGGCGAAAGUCGAACGCACGAAGAAGCGAAAAGCGGACCUUGCAUUAACCAGUGUUGCCGGACUGCGGAAGAAGCUCAAGACAGAUCCUACAAGACCAGCUGCUGUGGCUGGCCCUCCGAAACCGUCUAAGAAGAAAGAGAGAGUGACGUGGGUACAUGAUCCGGACUCCGGUCGAAGUUCCCUACGGAAGCAGACGAUUGCGCAUCGAGCGGAGACGAUUGCACGAUUGAAGCAGAGCGAAGCACAGAGCAAGAAACUCAAGGCACUGAAAGAGAAAAGAGACCGAGAAAGAGCGAAGGAUGCGCCCAAAGAACUCACACAGGCUGAUCGGUUGGCGGAAGCGGCGAAGAUUGAGAGACAGAAUGCGAAGAGCUUGAAUCGUUGGGAGGCUCUGGAGAAGAAAAGACAGGAAGAACAGGCUGCUAAGCUAGCAGCGCUCAAGGAUAGGAAGUUGCAAGGACCUGUUGUAAGCUGGUGGAGCGCAAAGGCUACCUGGCUCGGGCCAAAGCUGAGUAAAAUCGGUACAAAAGACGCCGGGGAUAUUCUCGAGGCGGGCCCAGAACUCAAGAAACGUGGGAGGAAGUCGAAAGCUUUCCUCGAACAGCAGGCUGCAGCUAAGGGGGCAGAGUCGUUACCGCUCACAGUGUCGUCGACUGCAGAAACUGGAACAACAUUGCAAGGAACAAUGCCGCAAAUACAAUCAAACGUGGCACUAGAGGCACCACCAGCAACAGACAUAAAAGGAGACAUGGAAGCGACGAAGGAGAUGGCCUGGACGGAGCCUCUUCCAGCGCCAUUGGGAGGGACUAAAAUCACAACGAUCGCGCGACCAGAGGCCACGGAUGCAUCACAAACAGCGCCGCAGUCGCCUUCGAUGCAGGACCAGACGAUUUUACAGGACGGAGCUAUCAACACAGGGCCUACCACGGAUAGCGUGCCAUCGAACAGCGCAGGAGAGCCGCCAGCGACUGAGGAAGACUCUUUCCUAAAGGGCAUUCACGAAUAUGCUAGUAUGCAAGCAGAGAGUAACCAUGUCAGUCCCGAUCCGAAAGAGCCUGGCGGGCACGGGAACAUCAACAAGGAGCCAGAUGCGCAAGCAAAUCCAGAGCCAACACGGCCAGAGUUGCAGACCGUGCCGGCCGAACAGGAUAAAAGCCCCGAACAGCAACCUACAACAUCACAAUCGAUCGACGGGCCAAAAACUGUGAUAGAGUCGGAGCAUGGCCCAGAGGCGCAGACAUCAGCAGUAUCUUGGGUGAAUCCCGGGAUGAAGUCAGCCGGUGCGGACCAGACGACUGAUGCCUCGACCACACCUGUUCCGAUCGAUCAAACACCGCAGGCAUCAGAGUCCGCCCCGAAGAUUGAAAUCAUCAAAUUAGAAGUGCCCCCAGAAGCGUCCCCCUUUGUCAAAGCAGCACGACCAGAACCAACCGUGGAAUAUUCGACGCGGAACCUGGUCUUCUUGGAGAAAUUCGAUGAGCUUUCCGAUGAGGCUCGCCAAGAGUACGCCUUGUUCUACAACAAUCGGAAAACAGCCAAACCGGUGAAACAUAGUCAAGAGCUAUGUCCAAUCACGACGUUGCCUGUGCGAUAUCGAGACCCAUCAACCGGUAUAGGAUAUUCCAAUGUCGUGGCGUACAAGAAACUCCAAGAGUUGAAAGAGCACAAAUUCAUCUGGAGCAGUAUGCUAGGCUGCUAUGUCGGGCGCGAUGGAGGACAGGUUGCCCGUGGAGUUCCAGAAGGCUUCGUGGAUAAGUCAUGAUUGGCAAUAGUCGGCGCCAGUCGGUGGUCUGAGGGCCUCAAUAGCGCCGCCACCUAUCUAUUUCCACGGCUAUGGCAGCCUACGCAGUGUUCAGGGAGUACGACUAGUAGAGCUGAACCAUGGAACCAUGAGAUCAUGAUGACACGAGAUCAAUAUCUGAAUCAAAUGCAAAUGUAUCCCCGACGCGCCCUGGCUGAUGAUGGAUUAAGCUGAAGGA